AUGGAGUCCCAAAAGAAUGCUCACCGUCUCAACCGUAUUUUCCGCAAGCCCAAGACGAUGGUGGCGCCUCGCGAAUGGCAUGAGGAUGGGGAGGAGGUUGGUCAGCACGAUGGUGUUUUGCUCUCGUGUUUAAAUACAAUGACCAAAGAACUGACAGAGGAUGAAAAGAAACGUGCGGUGGCUAACCAAGAUCCGCCGUCGGCAGUGGAAGAGGAGCUCGCAAAGCGUGCAGCCCGUUUUGGUCUUACUGUGGGUGCUGCUGUUGCUGCUGGUGGUAACAAUACUAAUAACAACAAUGAUGGUCUUGGCUCCCUUGCAGAUGGUGAGGCUAUGGGGAAACGCAUGCAACGCUUCGGCACGGUGGAACCAGAACCGUUAGUGGUGGACGAGGAAACACUGAAAUCACGUGAGGCCCGUUUCAAGACACAAGAGCAGCAGGAAAUGGAUGAGGCGAUGCAGGCGCGACUUGCACGGUUUGGUGGAGCUCCCGCACAGGUAGAGCUCAAGUUGUCUGAAGCCGACCGUGAGGCUAUGCUGCGUCGCCAGAACCGUUUUGCUGCCUGA